AUGUCGUCAGUCGUAGCUGUUGCCGGCGGUACUGGCGGUAUUGGUCGCGCCAUCGUUGAGGAGAUCACUGCUGAUGCUAAAUUCAACGUCAUUAUCCUAAGCCGAAAGGCCGACUCGGAGCUUGAGAAGACUCUCGGUGCUCGAAUUAUUGUGGCCGACUACUCGAAUGCCGACGAGCUGGCGAAGCAGCUCCAGGAUAAUAACGUUCUCACCGUCGUCUCCGCACUAUCUUCACAAGCUCCCCUAGAGCAGGAACUUGCUCUCAUUCAAGCGGCGCAAAAGUCUAGCACAACCACACGUUACAUUCCGAGCGUUUGGGGCAUCAAGUACACCUCGGAGCAUUCUUGGUUCCCCAUUGCCGCAAGCAAGCUCGCAUUUUUCGAAGCGCUCGACAAAACACAGCUUGAGUGGACCGUUGUUGCUAACGGCUUCUUCCUGGAUUACUGGGGUUUCCCGCAUGUCAAGUCGUACCUUCAGCCCAUCACGCUCGUCCUUGACCUUGCCUCCAACAGAGCUGCGAUUCCGGGCAGCGGGAACACACCGGUCGUCUUCACGUACACACGCGAUGUGGCCAAGUUCACGGCCAAGCUGUUGACACUCGAUAAGUGGGAGCCCGAGUCCUACAUCAUCGGAGACAAAGUGACAUGGAAUGAGUUUGUCAAGACGGCGGAGCAGGUCAGAGGGAAACCUAUCGAGGUGUCUUACGACUCGAUCGAAACCUUGAAGUCUGGCAAGAUCACAGAACUCCCAAGCCACCAGUACGCCUACCCGUUCUUCCCCAAGGAGGCUCUGCAAGGUCUGUUCUCCACAUUCGGACGUUGGUUUGAAGAGGGGGUAUUCAACUUCCAGCCGAAGAAAUCUCUCAACGACUUGUUCCCAGAGAUCAAGACCACGACUGUCAAGGAGAUUCUCGAGAUUCAGUGGAACAACGGUGCGUAA